AUGGUUAAAGAAGAAUACAAGGCGGAGCUUGCUACAACCCUGCUCACAGAGCUUUUGGCGUAUCAGUUUGCAUUCCCUGUUAGAUGGAUUGAAACCCAGGAUCAUUUCAUUAACGAGUUUAAGGCGGAGAGAAUCAUAGAAGUGGGUCCGUCGCCAAUCUUGGCCAAUAUGGCGACAAGAACAAUAAAGGCAAAUGAAUCUCAUGAAUUGGCGUGCGGGAGAAACAUGAAACGGCAAGUAUAUUGUACUUCAAACCAUUUGGACAAAAUUUACUAUGGGACGGAACCGGCUGCACAGGCGACGGCUCUUGAGAGAAAAAAGCAGGAACUCGAUGCCUUAGCGCAAGAGAGGCCUCAUGAACAGCCGGCCAAUAUUGUGUCUGUGGCAACGUCAUCUACUCAAUCGACUUCUGGAACAUUCAGAUUUGCGAACCAGGUCACGCUCUGUUCAAAGCAUAUGCUUACGGCGCUGGUUUCUAAUAAACUUCCAGGCUGCAAAUAUGCUGAUCUGAAUUUAGAAAAGAGUUUAAAGGAAUUGUCACACGGUAAAUCUACAUUGCAAAAUGAGAUAAAAUCAGAUCUCAUCAAGGAGUUCGAAUGUCUGAAGGAUGAUAGUUUUGAAGACAUUCCCUUAAUUCAAUUGAGCUCAGAUAUAGAGCAAGACACGCUGGGGCCUCUUACCCUCGCUCGGGUGAUCAAGUUCGUAAGUCAGAGCUUUAGCGGCAAAUACCAGUCGCUCAAUGGCGUAAGAAAUUACUUGAUGACAAAGUGGUCUGUUAUAGAUCCUAACCCUGUCCUUUUAUUCAUAGCUUAUCAGGACUCAUCUUUUAAGCAGAGGUUUUCCACAGAGACAGACACUGAACAGUUUAUCAAUGAUUGUUGCGAAACUUUUGCAAGGAUCGAGAAGGUUGGCGUGAUUAAAGCUGAUGGUUGCCUGUCUAACAGUCGAGAAUCGUUUGAUGGCAGCGAGGAACAGAAGCUGAUCAGUCGUGAAGAGUAUGAUGCCUUCAGCGGAGGACUGAUGAUCCUGCACCAGCAACAAAGGAAUGUCCUCGACAAUCAUCUAACCAUCACAAAGCAAGCGAAUGACUACACCAGGAUGAUCAGAGAGUUGCAAGUCAUGAAACAGAGGUAUAGCGACUUAGAGGCGGAAUUUGGUGAAUAUUACUUGAAUCAAUCCAUUAAACGGCUAUUUUCCCCAAGGAAAGUCAGAAUUUACGAUUCUGCUUGGAACUGGUCAAGGCAAGAUAUUCUGUUACUCCUCCAUUCCGUUCCUCUUGCAGGAACGAGAAAGAUCGGUGUCGAUACUUUUCCUAAUAUCAGAGAUAUUUUGAAUAGAGUUGAUCAGACUUCCUUAAAAAUGCUGCAGUAUUUUAUUGAUAGGAAAUGCCCUAAUGGACCAUGGAAAACAUAUCUUUCAAAAUUGUACAAAUUGUGUCAAGAGUCGUUGAACCUUCAACCUAUUUGCACGGACGACGUAGGUACAACAUUAACAAUCAACAGAUCCAACGGUGAUCUCACAGAUCUACACGAAAAAGAGUUCAAUUCGGAACAUUAUAUCAAAAACAUGUCUCUCGGUAACCAUUCUGAAGCCAUAAAGUGCGACUCGUCUGUGGUUUCGACAAAGCUUGAAAUGGAUUCUUCUAGUUAUUACAAAAUAGAAGGUGAAUUGUUCCGUGUCUACUCGAAAAUUAUUCAAUAUGCGUUGGCUGCAAGCAGCUCGAAUCCAGAUGACCUUUGGUGUCAGUUUGAGUCCCUUUAUGAGCAGCUUUUGAUUUUCAUAAAGAAUUCUGAUCAAAUUGCGUCAUACUUCCGUAAUAUUGUCAGCGACGCACUUUCGUCGAUUAACAAGUCUCUUUACGAGAAGGGAAACGAUGUGGUCAUACACGACUAUAGCAUCGAAUGCUCAUCGGAUGAGGAAUCUGACGUUGAUAUUUUGUCUGACGAAAGCAAAAAUGAGCAAUACCAUGCACAGACGGCUCGUGGACUUCCUGAAACAACCAAGUCUUCUGGGAACGAUCGUUGCGCCAUACCCGUCGGUGUUAUUCCAUUCUUGCACAUUAAAAGGCAUUCAAACAUUAAUGAGGAGUGGAUAUACGACAAACAUUUCACUCAAGUCUUUUUGAACAAUCUGUUGAAAAUUGGUUCAAGCGGUUUGUCUCUAACAGGGAAAACGGCUUUGCUGUUAAUCUCUGAUGUAAGCAGUAAGCUUGUUUCUCAAAUUAUAAGGGUGCUUUUGCAGGCAGGAGCAACCGUACUGGCUGCUGUUAAUGAGUUCAGUUACAAUAUUACUCAAAAGCUGCAAUCAAUAUAUCACAACUUCGGAUCAAAGACCUCCAAAUUGGUCGUGCUUCCCUUGAAUCAGGCAUCUAAAGUCGAUGUAAAAGAGUUCUGUGGUUACAUUACCUCAAUUUACGAGGAUAUAGACUUUUUGUUGCCACUUAACGUCCAUGAGUCAGAAAACAAUAUCACAUCCCUCAGUUCCAAAGAAGAGGUUACGCUGAGAUCUGUGUCGGUCAAUCUGCUGCGUCUUUUUGGGCAUUUAGUGGAGGCUAAGCAAUCAAAAAAGAUGCAAACGAGGCCUACUUUUGUCAUUCUUCCUUUAUCGCCUUUGUCAGGAUCCAGGGGAACAAGUGGUAUUCUUUCUGAAUCCUACGCCUUUUUGAACAAGGUCCUAGAGAAAUGGCAAGUCGAAGGAUGGAAAGAAAGCUUGAGUUUUUGCGGCUGCAUGUACGGCUGGACUGACGAGGAUAAAUCAGAUCCUUUCCUGACUGAAGGUUUGGAAAAAUUAGGCAUUAGAACUUUCUCCCCAACGGAGACAGCCUUUAACCUUCUAGGUCUCCUCACUUACGAGAUUGUGACCCAAGCGCAGAGUACACCACUAGUAGCGGACUUAAAUGGCGGACUACACAACCUUCCAAAUAUUCAGCCUGUACUACAAGCACUGAAAUCCGACUUGAUCGAAAAAGGGAAUCUUGAGAAACUACUGAAAGACGAAGAGGAACAAGAUAAAUAUACUCUACUGGAAGACGAAGAGGUAUUCACAACAGAGGUGAAACCGAAAGGAAACAUAGAUCUACAGUACCCUAACCUGCUUGAUUACUCAAUUCUAAAGGAGGAGUACAACGGUUCCCAGAUUGAAGGCCUUUUGGAUCCUGCGAACUUGGUAGUUGUUACUGGUUUUGCCGAAGUGGGACCGUGGGGUAAUUCCAGAACGAGAUGGCAGAUCGAAAGUACCGGUGUCUUUUCCUUGGAAGGAUGUAUCGAAAUGGCGUGGAUCAUGGGAUUUAUCAAGUAUAAACAAACAUCUGAGAUGUGUGGUUGGGUCGAUGCGGCUACCUUUGAACCUGUGGAUGGCAUAAAAAUUAAAGAAAGGUUCGAAGCCAAAAUUUUGGAACAUUCAGGUAUUAGGAUUAUUGAACCGGAGUUAUUUGGCGGAUACGAUCCUUCGAGAAAACAGAUGCUGCAAGAGGUUAUAAUCAAUCAUGAUUUACAGCCCAUCCAAACUUCUGCUGAAAUUGCUGAACAGUAUAAACUGGAACAGGGGGAUAAGGUUGACGUGUUUGCCCUAAACGAUGGCCAAUGCUCUGUUAGAUUCUUGAAGGGCGCUUCUCUUUUCGUUCCAAAGGCAUUGAAUAUUGAAAGAAUGGUUGCUGGGCAGAUCCCUACUGGCUGGAGCCCCGAGGCUUAUGGUAUUCCUGCAGAUAUCGUAUCUCAGGUUGAUCCUACCACUCUGUUUGCAUUAGUUUCAACGGCUGAGGCAUUGAUCGCGUCUGGAAUCGUGGAUCCCUAUGAGAUGUAUCAGUAUGUCCAUGUCUCAGAGGUUGGGAACUGCAUUGGUUCAGGAAUUGGUGGUAUGAAAUCGCAUGAAGCGAUGCAAGUUUUCAGAAUGAGGGACGAGCCGGUUCAAAAUGAUAUCAUGUGUGAGACAUACAUCAAUGUGAUUGCAGCAUGGAUUAACAUGCUCUUAAUCUCCUCGAGCGGUCCUAUAAAAACUCCCGUUGGCGCCUGUGCCACCGCUGUUGAGUCUUUAGAAAUGGGAUACGAAACGAUUGCACUUGGCAAAGCAAAGAUAUGCCUUGUCGGCGGAGUCGAUGACUUCCAAGGAACCAUCUCACAUGAGUUUGCUAAUAUGGGUGCAACCUCAAACUCAACGAAUGAGGCAGCAGACGGUCGAGAACCUAGGGAAAUGUGCAGACCUGCGACUUCUACCCGGAAUGGUUUCAUGGAAUCCCAAGGUGCUGGUGUACAGAUAUUAAUGAGAGGAGAUCUCGCUCUGAAAAUGGGAGUACCCAUUUACGGUAUUGUGGGAUUAACAGCCACUGCAUCAGACAAGAUUGGUAAAUCGUUGCCAGCUCCAGGAAAGGGAAUUUUGACAACUGCAAGAGAGAUUCAGAAAAAGCCUCGAUUCGGUUCCUCUAAGCUAAAUCUUGCCUACAGAAAAAGGCAACUAAGGAGAAGAAUACAAGAAAUUGAAUGUUGGACGGAAAGUGAACUUUCGAUUGGUGCUGAUCCAGAACUCACGCAUAAAUUAGCGAGUUCCCAGCUUGCAAGGGCUAAAAUGCAUUGGGGAACAGACUUUUACAAAGAUGAUCCGAAUAUUGCUCCAAUCAGAGGUGCCUUGAGCGUUUUUGGCCUUUCAAUCGACGAUUUGGCGGUCGCCUCCUGCCAUGGGACAUCUACCAAGGCAAACGAGAAAAACGAAUCGCAAAUUCUUGACAAGAUGAUGGAUCAUCUAGGCAGGGCUGAAGGAAAUCCCCUAAUCGCAGUUUUCCAAAAGCAUCUCACAGGACAUCCGAAAGGUGCUGCCGGAGCCUGGAUGCUCAAUGGUUGUCUCCAAAUUAUGAACACUGGAGUAAUUCCUGGAAACAAGAAUGCAGACAACGUAGACAACCAAUUUGAAACAUAUAAGCAUUUGGUCUAUCCUUCGCGUCCAAUCUCCAUGGAUUCUGUCAAGGCAUGCUGCAUCACUUCUUUUGGUUUCGGUCAGAAGGGUGCAAUGGCCUUGGUUAUUAACCCAAACUACCUGUUUGCAUGCCUGUCGCAAGAAGAAUAUCAAGAAUAUGCAUUGAAGAGAGCUCAAAGAGAGAGAGACGCUAACAGCCACUACAAUAAUGGUCUUGCCAAAGGCAACAUUGUCCAAGUAAAAUCAGCUCCUCCAUUUUCUGAGGAGUUGGAAAAACAAUUUUAUUUGGACCCGCUAGCUAGAAUAAACACUUCAUCAAAAUACAAAUAG